CUUCUCAUCAUGCUGCGUAACGUGACGCGAACGUUUGGACGCCGUUUGCGCGUAAAUCCGAGGAAACGAGUUCGUUAUGGAACUACACACUUUGGGUAUGAGCAAGUAGACGAAGAAGAGAAGGAAAGUCGAGUUCAUCAGGUAUUCAGUAGUGUUGCAAGAAACUACAAUCUGAUGAACGACGUGAUGAGCGCCGGCGUUCAUCGUCUCUGGAAAGAUGAAUUUGUCCGACGUUUGGCUCCGACGUCUGACGCAACGUUCCUUGAUGUUGCUGGUGGAACAGGUGACAUUGCAUUUCGAAUUUUGCAAUACCAGAAGCUGGAGCAGGAAAAGAACCGGAGCAGGUCUGACUCUGUAAAACCGAGAAUCACUGUGUGCGAUAUCAACCACGAAAUGCUAGCAGAAGGUGCCAGAAUUUCAAUCGACAGAGGCUACAGUUCAGGCAUUUCUUGGAUAUGUGGAGAUGCUGAGAAGUUACCAGUGUGUGAUAACAGUGUUGAUGCAUAUACAAUCGCAUUUGGAAUACGAAACGUCACACAUCUUGACAAGGCACUGCAGGAAGCCUUCCGAGUCCUAACGGAUGGUGGACGUUUUAUGUGUCUCGAGUUCAGUCACAUGACGAACGCAAUGCUCGAAAGACUAUAUGACGUGUAUUCGUUUGAAGUAAUUCCCAUAUUUGGAGAGAUAUUUGCUCGUGACAGACAGUCAUAUGAAUAUCUGGUAGAAAGUAUACGGAUGUUCCCAGCUCAGGAGGAGUUUGCUGAUAUGAUAAGAAACGCUGGAUUUAGCUGCAUCAGAUACGAAAAUUUCUCAUCAGGAAUAGUAGCCAUUCACUCAGGUUUCAAGCUACAAGCACCACUUGCUUGACUACACUACUAAAGAGUUAUGAGUGAUGCACCAAAGUAAUACGUGUAAACUGAUAAUGAGAGAUACAAUAUAACAUGUAACAGUAUAUUGAAC